CACACUUCACACUGCACUUUCCUCUUUUCUCUCUCUCUCUCUCCCUCUCCCUCUCUAACAAUGGCGAGAAUGGUGUUGCUGCUGGCGCUCUGUGUGCUCCCGGCGCUCGUUAGUGCCGCUCGGCAUGCGGCGAACCCGCUUGUCCUGGAGGGUAAGGUUUACUGCGACACGUGCCGUGCUGGCUACGAAACCGCCCUCACCACCCCCAUUUCAGGUGCCAAGGUUAAAGUCGAAUGCAAAGACAGAAACACAGAGACACUCCUAUACAGCAUUGACGGAGAAACAAAUGAGGCGGGAAAAUACACUAUCAUGGUGAAAGAAGACCACAAGGACCAGCUUUGUGAUGCAAUGCUUGUUAGCAGCCCACAGAGUGACUGUCAAUCUGCAGACCCAGGGCGGGACCGUGCACGUGUGAUCCUUACCCGAAACAACGGAAUGACUUCAGACACCCGCUUUGCCAAUGCAAUGGGGUUUAUGAAGGAUGAGCCCUUGUCUGGUUGCAAGCAACUGCUCCAGCAAUAUGAGCUGGAGUCCCAAGAUUAGGUACCUCUCUCAUGGUUUCAAACAUUGAGCUUUGUUAGGACUUCGCUAAUAUGUGUUUUAUUUAUUUGAAUGGUUAUGUUAAUAUGCAAGUUUGUAAGACUCUGUUUGGUUUCCCAUUGUUGUUUAGACUCUAUGAAGAUUAUUUAAAUGUAGCAUUGCAUUUCACUAAGAAAGUGUUUCGAUUCAUUUUAUUUUCUUGGUAUUUCAUCUUUUCUAUUUGUCGGUCA